AUGGCGAACCUGCAGCAGCCCCAGCCGUACAUUGCUAUAAGGACGAGGAGGCCGGACGGCGGAAGUUCCACGAGCAGUGUCGACUCCACUUAUGGCUCGGGCAUCGGUGAUGCCCCCUCAGCUACACACGACACAAGCCGCGUUAGCUACCAUGUCAAACACUUGGACACAUUUGCCCAGACUCUUCAAGAGUCUGCCAGCAGAGCCUUUCCAAACAAGGGCCGGCCCUCCCAGCGGUACAAGAACGUCCAGGUGCUACUCCUGCACUGGAAAACCGACGACCUGUUUGUGCUACCGGAGCUUGAGGACCUGGCAACAUGCUUCAGUGGAGACUAUGGCUUCAACACCGACAUCUUCGCAAUACCGUCCGACAACCCUCACCUGGAUCUAAUGUUGAAGAUCGGUGCUCUAAUUAAAGAGCACGAGUCUGACGAUACCCUCUUUGUUGUCUACUAUGGCGGCCAUGCUAAGAUCGACGAGUCGAGACAGAGCACGUGGUGCGCAACUCGACAUUCCGGGUCCCCAUCACUGCAAUGGUCUGCCAUUCAGACGCUGCUGGAGCGCUCCGUAUCGGACGUCUUGAUAUUACUGGAUUGCUGCGCCGGCGCAGCCUCAGCAACUUUCCCUAAUGGCAAGAGCAUCACCGAGACAAUAUCAGCCUCGAGUUGGGAUGCCAUCGCACCAGAUCCCGGGAGAUACUCCUUCACAAAUGCACUCAUAGAGGUCCUGGGAGAGUGGAGGCUGAAAACCUUCUCAGCAGCCAUGCUACAUGCCGAAGUUUUGGCACGCCUAAAACAUCCUCGACCCAUUCGUAUCAAUGGCAAACGGUUCGAGGCUCGGUCGACUCCUGUGCAUUUCAUGAUGACAUCGGACCACAAGGCACCAAGCAUUGAGAUGAGCAGGAUAGCCCCCGACAGUCCACCGCCACCUUCGCCACCUCAGCCGUCCAGCUCCCUGGAUGCCAGGCUCCUUGGUCGAAAUCCGGUAGAGGAUGGCUGUUUCACGGAACCAAAUGAAGACAGGCCUCACGUGAUGAUCUCUCUGGCACUUGAAGACGACCAGAGGCUGGACCUGAAUGCCUGGGAGCAGUGGCUUGCCAGCUUCCCAGCCCUGGCCAAACAUGUCACGGUCCAAGGAGUCUUCAAGAGCCACUCCACCCUGCUCCUCCUCUCCAUGCCAGUUACCAUAUGGGACCUUCUUCCCGAGGACCAGGCUUGCUCCUUCGUGGCCUUCAUUCGAUCCAACAACCUCAUCAAAGCGCCUCAGGAGCCUGAAACCCCUGCUGAAAACCUGGCUGAUCUGUACUCGAGCGACAGGGCUUCUGUCUUCUCGGGGACAACAUUCAGGGAUAGCAUCGUUGCACCUUCAAUGCCAACGUGUUCCCUUAGCCCGACAGCGCAGCAGAAUGCCUCCCUGACCGAGGUUGCGGGACCCCACAGGGGCGGGAACAGGUCAGGGAACUGGCGGACCCAGACGAGUAUGUCACUGUACCCGGAACAAAUGCCUCCUCAAACACUCACGCGAGUGCCCUCGGGCAAUUCAGAAAGCUCAUCUCUCAAAGCUUCGCGCUCGAUGGCCUCUUUCCGGACCGCUCCUCUGUCCGCCGUCAUGGGGCUGGGAGAGGCAGCACUUGAGGGCGGAAUCAUACGCAAGCCUCUGCUCAACCAGUCGCGGAACUCCAAGAGAACAAUAUUCGAGAAUGACAAUGACGUCCCCGAGGGCCCAGCGCUAGCUGCCCAUGUCGUCAAACGGCUAGAAGACUAUUAUCAGAAAGACCCACAUCCAAGCGACGGAACGACAGAAUACUAUGCUUCCCACCUCGGUAUCGAAGCAACAGAUGUCAAGGUUUGGUUCCACCAUCGACGGCAAAGAGAGAGGGCAGGGACCGAUUUAGAAAAGUUGAGGACUGAGGACAACAGGCUCGAUAUCCAGCCUCCUCAGCCUGGGCCGCAGACUAUUCUCGCUGGGCAUUUGAACGAUCUGCUUGGAAUUUUCACGCCGGCACAAAUCCUCUUCAUUGACCUCAGGUCUCCAUCAGAGUUCCAGAAGUCACAUAUCCACGGUGCAAUAAACCUCCGUGUACCGCUGAAGUUCCUCAGGACUGCCAGCCUGGACAUGCUAGGCCGCACCUUUACCGAUGAGCAGAGUCGCAGAGCCUUCUCCAGAUGGAGCAGGACGAGGUGUAUGGUCGUCUAUGAUCGGAACAUUGAGGCGCCAUGGGAAUGCCCCGUCGCUUUGGCGCUGCUCGAGAAGUUCAGAAGCGAGGGGAGCUGGUCCGGAAGGUGUUUCUUGCUGAAAGGCCCGUUCCGCGAGUUCUGUCUCUCAUACGACAAGUAUAUCACGGGCGACAGGAUGACAAAAGCGGCCAAGAAAUAUGAGGAUGGGCUCAGGUGUGCCACACCCCCGACCGUUGAAACGCUCCGGCAGAAGCAUGCGCGGUAUGAGGAGUGGUUACGCCGGGUGGAGCGUGAGGAGCCUACAGCAGGACAGGAUCUCACGCCGGCCGUGGCCGACGAGCGGGCCAUGGUGGUGGACGAGCACCAGAAAGAACUCGAGGCAGAGUUCAAGGCGCGAUUUCCCGACCUCUACAAAAACAUGGAGAACCCACCACCCUCGCGAGCGCCUCCCGCGCCGCCCAGGCAAGACAAGGAGGUCGCGACCCAUGAUAAUGAUUAUUUCAACAGCAUGAAGGGACCUCUCGUGGGCCACCUCGCCACGGGCCUCGACAAGAUGCGCGAGAACGCCAAUGGCGGCUCACAGGCAGGCUACUCCUUCCCCAACGAGAGGCUUCCGGACAAGCUGGGCGAGAUCUCGUCGCUGGACUACGACGACUUCGACGAGAUCGACCCCAGAGAGGCCUCUCCAUCGCCCUACUAUGUCUCGGGAGGGGGCCGGUCCGCGGCCGCGACGGACGUCGGCAGUAUGAUCAGCCAUACGAGCAGCCAGUCGAGCGCCACUGGCAAGAAGAACAACAGCCGUGAAACACAGCAGCAGCAGCAGAGACAGGGGCUCUGGAAGCGAUUACGAAGCAACGGUGGGAAAUGA